GUCACAGAGCUGGACAGCGGUGGUGGGACACCUGCACCGACACACGUCAUGUCUAAGUGGCUGAAUGAUGGCGAGGUGCUCGUGGGUCAGGGCAGUGGCGAGGCUGUGCCAGCGAGCCCGAGACCGCGGGGCUUUGCUGUUGGGAGCCCCAGGCAUAGUUUGGGAAGCAGCCCACUGGUGUCACCCAGAGCAGCAGCAGCAGGAAGUCCGCAGACCGAGACCAUGGGCAAGGCCAAGGAGCUGUUUCUGCUCUGUGACAAAGAGGGGAAAGGCUUCAUCACAAAGAGGGACAUGCAGAGGCUGCAGAGAGAGCUGCCGCUGUCUCCUGAACAGCUGGAGACGGUGUUUGAGAGUCUGGACCGAGAGAGCAAUGGAUUCCUCACUCCUGUUGAGUUCAACACUGGACUCGGCGAGUUUGUGGGACUUGAGGACACGUCUGAGUCGAGUCCAGGCGAAGCGGUGGAGGAUGCGGACCAACUGCACUGGUCCCAGGAUGCCACUGCAGUCAGAUUUGUAAACAUACUGAUGGAGCUGGGUGCUGACAAGCUUUUUAAAGAUCAGCAGGAGCUUUGUUCUAUGUGGUGUGAGCUCCAGAGAGAAAGACCAGAGCUGCUCAGUGUCCUGGAGAGUGUCUUGGUCCACACAGUGUCCCAUUUACAGGACUCCAUCAGAGAGAGAGACAGCCUGGAACAAGCUCUGCGCAGACGCGAGAGCGAACACGAUCAGGUUGUUCGAUCCAUUUAUGAAGACCUGGAAAGUCAACUCAGAGAGGAGAGACAGAAACAUCAGGCUCAGGACGCUGUUAGACUGAUGCAAAGAGGGAAGCAACUUGAAGAGGAGCUGAAGAUGCGAGAGCAGGAGCUAGAGAACACAAUGACCAAACAGAAAGAGCUGGAGACCAGAGUCCGGCAGCUCAGCUGUGAGCAGGUGAACUUCAAGGAGCAGAACCAGCAGCUGCGGAGCCUCAAUGUCCAGCUACAGGACCAGAUGGAGAGCACCAGAGAGCAGCUGCAGGCCGCUCUGGGUCAGCUCAGCCUAUUGCAGCUCAACGCUGCCCAGGAACAAGUGGACAGACAGAGAAAUGUGGUGAAGGUGUCAAAGAACAUUCAGAAAGAGAAGGACAGCCUGUUUAGACAACUGGAACUGCUGAAGGAUAUGAACAAACGGCUGCGAGAUGAAAAAGACGCUCAACACUCUCAGAAGAGGAAUCCAAAUGUCAAAAAGACUUUGGAGAAGAGAGGCUCAGUCAUAGGUAACUACUUACUGCAAGACAAGCCACUGAAAAGACAGCUGAGCUCAUCUGAUGAGUUGGAGCAGAACAAAGACACAGAGAUGAAAAAUGCAUCCAAGAGACACCAGCCAACAUGUAGAGUCGGGGGGGGAAAUGUUGAACAGACUCAAACUCAGAGCAAAAUUGUCAGUCGUCAGCGAGUGUUCAAGGUGGUAUUCUUGGGUAACUCAGUUGUGGGUAAAAGCUCCUUCAUCCAGCACUACUGCACAGGAAGCUUCCUCAGUAACACAAGCUCUACUGUCGGUUUGGAUUUCCAGAUGAAAACCUUAACUGUGGACUCCACCACCGUCACCCUGCAGCUGUGGGACACUGCGGGACAGGAGAGGUUUCGCAGCAUCACUGAGCAGUACUACAGGAAGGCCGACGGUGUCCUCGCCAUGUACGACGUAACUCACUCCCCCUCCUUCAAAGCGCUGAGAGGAUGGAUGGACUCUGUGAAGGAGAAGAUGUGUGAAGGUGCCGUGUUAAUGCUGCUGGGGAACAAGCUGGAUCUGGCAGACGCACACAGCAGGCAGGUGACCACAAGGGAGGGGCAGAGGCUGGCAGAGCAGCACCAAGCUUUGUUUUACGAGUGCAGUGCCAAGACCGGACAUAACAUGGAGGAGCUGAUGACUCACCUGGCAAGGACGUUGCUCGCCCAGCAUGAUCGACAGUGUGUAGAUGCCCUUUUACUGAGCGAGGACACAUCUACAAAAGGCUGUUGUACAUAAACAGAGAGGAAAAGACAAAAGAAUAUGUGGUUCACACCAUGGUUCAGUGCAUGGUUACACUUCCUGUCCUGUGGUCACACCUUUAUCUGUGAACAAGUUUACUGAGCAGUGUCUGUAAGGUUUGUUUAUGUUGUGUAUAUAAUCUGUCCGAUUAAGGAUUAUUUUUUGAUGACUCCUCUGUUGUCUUUUUAAACACAAUUACUUUUAAGUUGCCUAAUGUAUGCUCAUAACUUAUAAGUAUGUAUUAUAAGUGAGCGUAACUUAAAACUUGUAACUUAUACCAUUUGUUUUUUCACCUUCAUCACCUCACGAAUCAACUAUUGCAAAAGCAUCCUUUCCGGCACACAAAACUCAGCUGCCCUUCUGCUCACCCACUCCCGCACCAGAGACCACAUCAGCCCUGUCCUUCAAAACCUACACUAGUUCCCCUUUCAACAAAGAAUAUAGUUUAAAUUCACAUACACACACACACAAAACACAAAACCCUCCACAACCUCGCCCCCCCCCCCCCUCACCUCUCUGACCUCCUGCACCGACACAAUCCCACCCGCAACCUCAGAUCCACCAACGCCAGCCUCCUCACCCCUCUUACCCUGUCCAAGCACCGAAACCAUGGGGGACUGGGCCUUCUCCAUCGCUGCCCUCUACCUCUGGAACUCUCCCCCCUAACACCUCAGACAUUCUCCUUCACUCACCUCCUUCAAAAAUGGACUCAAAACUCACCUUUUUAAAUCUGCUUUUUAAUCAGUGAUGUAUGUAUGUAUUAUAAUUGUUUUAAGUGUAAAACAAAUGACUGUCUUUUAACUGUUAUCAUGUUACCUUAUUGUCAUUGUUUUUUGAGUCACUCUUUUUA